GAGCGGUUCCGGCGCCCGGAGUGGCCCUUUAAAAGGCAGUGUCUGGUCCGGAGGGGGCGGGCGGGGGGCGCUGACCGCGGCCGGAGGCCCAGCCCCUCCCUCCUCCCCGCAGUCGGUCCGUCCGUCCCCCCCGCCCCGCGGUCCCGGCGUCGCCCGCUCGCUCGCCGGGCGCACGCUCCGCCUCCGUCAGUCGGCGCGGCUGGCCAGUGCGCGGCGUGGAGCGCGAGCCGGGGCAGGACGCGCGGCCGGGGUCGGGGCUGCGAGAUCGGCGCCCGCCGCGGGCGAGGCCUGGGCCGCGAUGGCAGAGAUGGGCAGCAAGGGGGUGACGGCGGGGAAGAUCGCCAGCAACGUGCAGAAGAAGCUCACUCGCGCGCAGGAGAAGGUCCUCCAGAAACUGGGGAAGGCAGAUGAGACAAAGGAUGAGCAGUUUGAACAGUGUGUCCAGAAUUUCAACAAGCAGCUGACCGAGGGCACUCGACUGCAGAAGGAUCUGCGGACCUACCUGGCCUCGGUCAAAGCCAUGCAUGAGGCCUCUAAGAAGCUGAACGAGUGUCUGCAGGAGGUGUAUGAGCCCGACUGGCCUGGCAGGGACGACGCGAAUAAGAUUGCCGAGAACAAUGAUCUGCUCUGGAUGGAUUUCCACCAGAAGCUGGUGGACCAGGCGCUGCUCACCAUGGACACGUACCUGGGCCAGUUCCCUGACAUCAAGUCACGCAUCGCCAAGCGAGGGCGGAAGCUGGUGGACUACGACAGUGCCCGGCACCACUUCGAGUCCCUCCAAACUGCCAAAAAGAAGGAUGAAGCCAAAAUCGCCAAGGCCGAGGAGGAGCUCAUCAAAGCCCAGAAGGUGUUUGAGGAGAUGAAUGUGGAUCUGCAGGAGGAGCUGCCAUCCCUGUGGAACAGCCGUGUAGGUUUCUAUGUCAACACGUUUCAGAGCAUUGCGGGCCUGGAGGAAAACUUCCACAAGGAGAUGAGUAAGCUCAACCAGAACCUCAACGACGUGCUGGUCAGCCUGGAGAAACAGCACGGCAGCAACACUUUCACGGUCAAGGCCCAGCCCAGAAAGAAAACUAAACUGUUCUCCCGGCUGCGCAGAAAGAAGAACAGCGACAAUGCCCCUGCCAAAGGGAACAAGAGCCCUUCACCUCCGCCAGAUGGCUCCCCUGCCGCCACCCCCGAGAUCAGAGUCAACCACGAGCCCGAGCCAGCCAGUGUGGCCACACCCGGGGCCGCCCUCCCUAAGUCCCCGUCACAGCUCCGGAAAGGCCCACCAGUCCCUCCGCCUCCCAAACACACCCCGUCCAAGGAGGUCAAGCAGGAGCAGAUCCUCAGCCUGUUUGACGACACGUUUGUCCCUGAGAUCAGCGUGACCACCCCCUCCCAGCCCACAGAGAGUCCAGCGGGCGGCCUGCCUUCCAGGGAGCCCAGUGCUGCCGAGGGCACCUUUGCUGUGGCCUGGCCCAGCCAGACGGCCGAGCUGGGGCCUGCCCAACCAUCGGAGGCCUCGGAGGUGGCGGGUGGGACUCAACCUGCGGCUGGAGCCCAGGAGCCCCGGGAGACGGCAGCAAGUGAAGCAGCCUCCAGCUCUCUGCCUGCCGUCGUGGUGGAGACCUUCUCUGCAGCUGUGAACGGUACCGUGGAGGGCGGCAGCGUGGCUGGGCGUGUGGACCUGCCCCCGGGGUUCAUGUUCAAGGUGCAGGCCCAGCAUGACUACACGGCCACUGACACAGACGAGCUGCAGCUCAAGGCUGGUGAUGUGGUGCUGGUGAUCCCCUUCCAGAACCCCGAGGAGCAGGAUGAAGGCUGGCUCAUGGGCGUGAAGGAGAGCGACUGGAACCAGCACAAGGAGCUGGAGCAGUGCCGGGGCGUCUUCCCCGAGAACUUCACCGAGCGAGUCCAGUGAGGGCGGCGGCCGCUGCAGCCCUCUGGGCGUGUGAAGAACACUUUUCCCGAAAAAUGUGUGUUUUUUUCCGUUUUUGUUUUUAAACUUUUGAAAAGCAAAGGGAAAUCCAGAGGAGAGACCUAAGCCAAGAGGUGUGCUCCCGAGGGUUAGGUUGUUUUCCAAAGAGCCUGGUUUCGGCAAGUCCGGUGGCGUCACCAGUGUUCCUGAAGCUGCUGUGUCCCCUAGUUGAGUUCCCGGCGCCCGCCCCGCCCGCCGGGCUCGCCGCGCAUGCGCGCCGCCGGGGGCUCCGCGUGCUGCCUGGCGAGGGUCCUCUUUUCCCCCCGGCAGCUGCUGCGGGUGGGGUCCCGUCUCUCCAGAGACCUCGGGGCUCAGACACCCCGCUCCGCAGCCCGUCUGUGUGCCGUUUGAAAUAAAUCUUAGUGUUCAAACCAAAAUGAAACAAAAGCUGUCAA